CAAACAAGUUGACGUUUAUAGUAAUGAAAUAGGUUAUGCGAAGUGAAUUUAAUCUUGAUGUGAAUUGAUAAACAUUAUCUCUCAUAUGAACAAACUGGGUUUCUAUGAUGUUUGAUUAAAUAUAUAUCGGACGGACUAGCGUAUCUUGCAAAAAUGUCUGUUAACUAUAUACCACGAGUAACUCAGCUUGAUGCUGUACAGUUGGACCUUCAAGUAGAAGAACUAUUUAAAGAAUUAGUAUUCCAAGCUACAAAAUAUGUGGAGCCUCGAUAUCUUCAGCCUCUUCUACCAGAGAUUGAACUAUUAAUUAGAACAUGGAUUUUUAAAUACUCAGUGUAUGACAAAAAGAGUACAUUUGGUCAGCAAAUGCUGUCUUUAAGUUACAAAGCAGACAACUUCUCUAGAAGCAAGUUAUACUGGUAUUAUGGGUAUACCAUUGGAUUAAAAUACCUAAAGGACCGGGCCAUCUACAGUUUUACCUCAAACACUAAAGUUCAGAAUAUUGUUAGUAAAUUGGAGACUUUUCAAUUGAUGGGUGAUAUUUUCAGUUUCUGUAGAUUUAUUCAAACUGGGAAAUAUCCUAUGUUCAUAGAUUUAUUAUUAGGGUUGAGACUGACUGCUGAGAAAUUGACUAGAGAGGACCUCACUGACUUUUCUUGGACCAGAGAACUUUUAUGGCACAAUUUAAUUGAACUCAUUGGUACGACAAUAGCAAUAAUAAAUAUAUUUGGUCUCAGAAGAAAGUUGACCAGUGUAUUGAAGUAUGCAUGGUGGAGGAAACAUGUUAAGUCUAAUGCUGUCUCCACGGCACCUGUGAUGUCUCUCCAGACAGUCUGUGUCUGCUGUAACAACAAACCUGUUCUACCUCACACUAUGGGGUGUAACCAUAUAUUCUGCUAUUAUUGUAUAGUGGCUAACAAGAUAGCAGAUGAAGACUUUGCUUGUCCAAAAUGCUAUUAUAAUGGAAAGGAAGUCAAUAAAUAUAUAAUGCCUUAAAAUGUAGCAAAUAAGAACAUUUAUGUUUAUGGGAAUAUUGGUGCUGUGAUAAAUAAAUUUAAAUCUUUCUUCUGUAUAUAAGUUUAGGUGAUAUAAUUUUAUAGCCUAAGGGUGUGCUGAACCAAAGGGAUUUAUUUGUAUUUUAUUGGUUGAAUAUAUGACAAUCUAAUUAUUUCUUGUA